AUGGCUAGGCGCAAACAAAACAAGAGGAAAUUAGAAGAAAUAGUUGCGAGUGAUGACGAUUCAUCGGAAGAUGAAGUUGAAAACAUUGAUGAGGAAAAAGAUGAAGAAAUAACAACAGAAACCAACAAUCAAGAUAUAGGCGACAAUGAUAGGAAUAAUGAAGACCAAUCACUGCACAAUUCCAUAUUAUUCGAUUUUAGAAAUUCAAAGAACGUCAUUCAAUGUUCUAAAGAAAUUGAUGCCAUUCGGAAAUUAAAGAAUGAUCAUACAAUUCGCAUGUUGAAGGAAAAAUUAAUUGCAACAAUUUUAAUUCAAGUCAAGGAAUUGAUGAAGGACAAUUUUAAUGAAAAGUUGAUGAAAAAGUUUGAAGGAUAUUUGAAAGAUAAUCUUAAACAUAGAAAAAUUCAUGGAAAUACUCAAUUUUUCAUUCAGAAAGAUUCAUCCAAAGAGAUGAAUUUAUUGUUUUUUGAGAGUUUGGAAGAGAUUGCUCAAGGUUGGAUAAAAACUGGAUUGGAGGGUGUUGUCAAUGAACCAGUGCAAUGUCUAAUGACUGGUAGCAAUGGAAAAACAAUGAAAUUUGAAUCUUCCUUCAUUAUUAUCUAUGCAAAGAAUAGUCUUGGAAAGAAAUUUGCAUUCAAAUACUUGAUUUGUAAAAAUACUGAUUCAAGUGCAUGGAGUUUUGUUGGAGGAAAGAAAUCACGACCUUCCGAGUCGGGUAUGGAAUGCUGUCUAAGAGAAAUGAGAGAAGAAUUGUAUGGAUAUUCAAUCAAUGCAGAGAAAAGUGUAAUGAAUGGACCAUUUACAAAGUUUGAAACAAAUUUCAUAUAUGCACAUGAAGUAGAAUGGGACAGGACAGAUGCUAUUGUAGAGAAUUUAAUGAAAAAUUACAAAAAGUUGAAGGAAAAUAAUGAGCUCAUGACAUUUAAUGCAGUUGAAAUAUCUCGAACAAUUUCACAACAAGAUAAUUUUCUGGAUAGCUUGUUGAAUUUACUGAAAAAGUACGAAUUCACAGAAGAGAUUUGUGAUUACAAAUUCAUUGAUUCAAUAGAUUUGUGUAAGGAGAAGGGAGGAAGAAGUUCCUUUCUGAAAAAGCUCCAUACUAAAUUUGUAACCAAAAUUUCCAAAACUCUCAAACAAAAGAAGACAAAGAAAAAGAAGGUUAAGAAAAAUGUUAAAAAGAAGAAGAAAUAA